UCAGUCAACGCUUGUUUACCGUGCGCUUCGGACGUGCUUGUCAUCCCGUUUGUGGCGUUUUGUCUCUCGGUAUAGUGUGUGGCCAGAAGAAAGAUUGAAGAGAAUCCAAUGAAAAUAGUGAAAAGGUGAAACCCAAUAAAAGAAGGAAGCAAUUUCGACCCAUACAAAUAUUAAUUUCUUGCCCAAUCUACGGUUUGUAGAGUGUUGAACUCGCUGGGCCAGAACGCAGAGGAAAGCAAACAUUAAUAUCGACACGCAAGUGGACUGCAAAAGCAGCAAACGAAGAUGAAGUGAAGAAGGCAGCAACGAAGUGAAGAGAGGAAAAAUCAAUCGCAGCAACGCGCUAAUGCACAUGAAGAAGCCGCCGAAGAAAUGCUAGUGUUGGGUAGGCACGAGAAAAAAGUAGGAAUUCCCUCGAGUUUCGGGAGGAUUCGAGUGCUGAUAAACGGAAGUACGUAAUUAUCGUUUUUCAGAGAGAUUUGUAGUGAAUCGAGAUUUCAAAAGCCAGUUUCGGAACGGAAGCUGGGAGGAAAUAAAUCGUCUGAGAUUAAAAGCUUUCGUUUGGCUUCCAUAAUAAAAAAAAAACAACAUCAAAAGUGGAUUGUAGCUAGCGGUACUGAUGUGUAUUACCAAAGAGGGUGACCGCAAGGAUUUACGAAUGGACUCAUGUAAACAUUAGCCCAUGAGAGUACCUUAACGUGAAACAAAUAGGUACGACAUAGUUUCCGUCGUCUGCUCUUUUGGGAUUAAAAGAUAGGAAGGAAACCGAAGCGAACCGCAAAAAAGGAUUAUGAAAUAUUCAAUUUCCGAGUAGUUUGCUCGGUUCUUUUGUGGUUCGCCAACUGUUCUGGCCAAACAUUCUCACGCAUAUAAAUAUACACGUGUGCGAACCGGGGAGCAUCGGAGCUGCCGGCCAAUAAAUCGGGUGCGCUAGGAACUCGCACCCCGGCCGCUUCCCAAACGUAUUACGUAAUAAAUUUUUCGUAUAAGGCUCACCCAUAACAAGGAUUAAAUUGGAUUUAUUACCAGUGAAUGAGAAGAAAAUUAUGAAAAAAAUAUCGUUUUCAUGAAUUUUCACCACAUUGUGCAUAGGUGUGGAUGAAACGUGAGACGAACUAGGCGAAGAGAAGUGAAACGACGUAUAGUUCCCAGUGCUUAAGUACGCUUCCAGUAUAUCGAAGUAAAGUGACAAACAUAAGUCCGUUGAUCCGAUUAUAAUUGCAAUAGACAAAAAACAGUUCCAUGGAAAAUCAAUUAGGUGAUUGGAAAAAUGUAAAUGAAAAAUCAAAACGACUAGGUAAAUGAGGUGGAAAAGCGAAAAUCACUUUUGUAACCAUUGAAAAGAAAAAAGGAUCAACGAAGGAUGUGCGCACCCGACUGUAUCUGUGAACAGUGAAAGCAUUGAAACUCAAGCAACGAACGUUCGUGUUAAGGACGGUGGUACAAAAAUCCAAAACCGUGAAAAAGUGUAUCAAACCUGCUCCAACAAAGAAAGUCCCUCGGAUUAUAUGUGAUUAAGAAGGUUGCGUCGAUAAAUUGAACCUUAACCAUCGUCAAGAAACAAAAGAAAAGGUGAAGUAUUCUCAUAGACCGUACGAACCGAGAAAAUUUGGCGGACAAACACGAAGUCCCUUUGUUAUUUAAUGCGUGCUCCGCUGAAUGAACUGAACGACCGAAAGCGAAAAUUACAUAAUCCUUCGGGUAAUAAGCUUAAUAGUCUGUAAUCCUCGACGCUUUCGAAGGACCGAGUGACCAACGGCAUUGUGUACGAUUAUCCUGUUCCGAAACUGAUAAUCUCGACAGCGCAUCUUCAAUCCAUUCCAUGAAGAAAAGCCAAGGAAAACAAGUGCGAGAGGACGACUAAAUCCAAAAAUCCUGUUUAUUCGCUCGAUGACGUUGACCAUGGGUGAAAGGAAACUCGCUUAAUUUCAUAGGAUAACUGCUAUGACGAAGACCAUCGGCGCGUAAAGUAAACGCAGAUAAAAGUAUUUGCUCUGCAGCAUCAUCAUCAUCGUUAGCCGUUGUGCUCGAGCUGGCAUGCGGACUCUGAUAGUGCCUCUUUCGCCACGACUACCAACUGCAAAGCCGAGAUUGAUGAUACCAAAUCGUAUGCUGUUCGUAUUUGGCACAUUCUAUAGGACCGGCAACACAUUAAGUGCUUUGGUCCGUCAGCUGAGAACGCAAGCGAGCUCACAUGUACCCUACAUCAUCGUCCAGUAGAAUAAUUGAGGGCGAAGACCAACAACAGCAACAAAAACCGUAACACAUCAAACAGCCCGGUGAUAUCUCCAUUCCUCAUCAUCAUCAUCAAUAACAAGAAAAUCGGAAAAGCUUGGUCUCAGGCUCAAAUUAUGGCUGAACAACAACGGUGGCACUACCCCAGUAGCAGCGGUAUUUCGGCGAAUAUGGUCUCCCAGCCAGACAUCGUUAGUAGUACAGUUGGGACAAAAUCGCAUUCUCAUCAAACGAAAACAUCAACCUCUUCAGUCUCGUCUAUCAUCUCGAGGGGCGCUUAUGUGCUGAUGCUGAUCCUACUGACUGCCUGCAUUGUACGAACGGACGCGGAACGCAGCUGCCCAGUGGUGUGCCAAUGCAAGUGGAAAGGCGGCAAACAAGCGGUCGAAUGCAUCGACAAGCAGCUAAUUUUCAUUCCGACCCAUAUUGACCAUACCACGCAGGUCCUCGAUAUGUCCGGCAAUAAUUUGCAAAUUCUGCCCAAGGAGGUUUUCAGCAAAGCAAACCUUCUAAACCUUCAGAAGCUAUUUUUGCGAAACUGUCGCAUAGGGCAAAUCGACGAUGGAGCCUUCGCCGGCUUAACCAAUCUAGUUGAGGUUGAUUUGUCACUUAAUUUGCUCACAGCGGUUCCGACAGCAGCAUUUCAGUUCAUACCAUCGCUUAGAGAUCUAACGCUGGCUCGAAAUCACAUACAAAAAAUCGAAUCACACGCAUUUAGAAACGUUACAAGUCUCACAAAACUAGACCUUGCGUACUGUGAAAUCCAAACCAUUGCCCCGCAAGCAUUCGAAGGACUAAGUUCCCUACACACGCUCAAGCUCAACGGCAAUCAAUUAUCUGAACUACGGCCUAAAACGAUCGAAACACUGAACAAACUACACGGAGUUGAAUUGCACGAAAACCCAUGGAUGUGUGACUGCCGAUUACGAGCAGCAAAGGUUUGGUUGACAGAUAACAAGAUUCCUUUUACGAUUCCUCCUGUUUGUGCAGGGGGUCCAGAACGCAUUAUCGGCAAAUCGUUCUACGAACUUCAGGUGGACGAUUUUGCCUGCAAACCGGAGAUGCUGCCUGUACGAAGAUAUAUUCAAGCAUUUUCCGGUGAAAACGCUAGCAUUGAGUGUAGAACCAGUGCUGUUCCUUCGGCCAAUGUUAACUGGUACUGGAACGGAAAGCUUCUGCAUAACAAUUCACAGUUUAGUUCCUAUCAGCGGGUUUAUGUAUACGAGCAAGGUAAUUUUGAAAAACGUAGCCGACUGGUGCUAACCAACGCCCAAGAAACGGACUCGAACGAGUUCUAUUGUGUAGUGGAGAACCGCGCCGGUACGGCCGAAGCAAACUUCACCCUGCAUGUGGUUAUGCGCGAUAUUGGAUUCGCGAUCGAAAACAAACAAAUAAUUGGCCUGAGUGCCGCCCUAGUGAUCCUGAUACUGUUCAUACUGUUAAUAAUAUUAUUCCUGUUAGUCCGACUGCGGCGGAUACCGAUGCCGGACACGAAAACUCCAAAUCAGGUCGAGGUGAUCACUUCUGUAAGUCCUUCUAGUAAUGUAAAUGGCAAGGUGAGCACACCUAUUAAUGAUGUCCAUUCUUCAGAUCGAAAAAACUCCGGCGAUCUAAAGUGCGCCAACCCGGUGCAGAAACCGCCUCGAUUAACUGAUCUGCCCUACUCGACGUCCCAUUAUGACGCCGGGGGAAGUUUGAUCGCAUCCGGAAAUUGUUUCGUGUCGCCAACUCAUUCGUCCACUGGUAACAACCCAGAUCUGAUCAACGACACGAAACGGAUAGGCAGCAUUGGCGACCUGGCAUGCACCGGUGGUGGCCCGGGCCUGCUCGAUAACGCUAACACCAUCAAUGGCGCCGCAAGCACAUCACUGUCGGCCAAUAUGGUCAGUGCGCUCAACACUCUCUCGUUGAUGGAUCCCAUCGAGCGGCCCGGCAGCGGCGAGUACAGUCGAGCUGGCUGUGAUUCACUGUAUCCGUCCGGCCUUUGGGAAACGCACAGCUCCAACCUUACGUCAGCACUGGAGCAGACCAGCGAUAUGCUGCUGGCGCGAGCUUCCGGACCCACGAUCGCAAGCGGUGGCUAUACUGCCUAUUCGGACAAGAUCCCCAUCAUUGGUGCUAACAACAAUAUGAUGAACUUGGACGACGAAACCUCUUCAGUGGAUUACCUUAGUCGGACAUUUCCGCGGACGCAUUUCGGCGGCAGCGGUACCAUCGGGGGAGGCGGGAGCAGCAGCGGUUCCAGCGUAGCUGGUGCCGUUGGGGGAAUUACGACCGCAGCCACGAUUGGAGGUACGAACACAACCAGUGGAGGCGGAUAUCCUUCGGACUACGGACUGCCCAUUGUGCCCGGGGCCGAGCAGUUGCACAACAAACUCAACAGCUUACAGCCGGCGCAUCACGGCAGCACCGGAAGCAUGCCGAUGAACGCGAAAACGCUCCGAGUAUGGCAGAAGGGCGGCGUACCGGUGCUGCCCCCAGUGACGGCCUUGAAACGUGCUUUAUCCAAUAGCCGGAACUCCCCUGACGAGGGGUACCAGGAAGGGUGUGGAACAGAUGUGUAGUCAUUUUUUUAAAGUUUUUGUUUUUGAGCGUACGAUUCGAGCGAUUGUCGAUUGUCAGAGAGUUUAUUGUUUAUUUUGUAUCUAUUUUUCACACAAACGUGCGCGAGAAAGUUUGAUUACAAACUUCGUAGUAGAAAAUACGAGGCUGAGCAGCGAAUAAGUUUUCACCAAGUUCUCCUUAUCGGGGUUGUCGACUGAGUAUAACUAGUAAAUGUUGUAAACACAAAGCGCGUACGAAUCUCGAGGCUCGCAUUCAGGCGGAUCACGUGAAAAGGGACAUUCGAAGGAAGCCCUCGUAAAGGUCAUCCUUUCCUGGAAAUGAAAAAGACUUGUAAUUUAAUUAUUACGCAAAUGAAAACGGUAAUUAAUUAGGUGUACAGAACAGAAAACUAGUUUAUAUAAUUAUAGCGAAAGAAUAAAUUAUAUAUACACAUUCAAGAAAAAUGAAAAAUGAACUAUAUAAAUGGUUAAAUGGAAAAAAACUAAAAAAAAACUUAAAAAGCUAGGCUAGUUUUAUAUACGAAAAACAAAAAAGACAAACCUGUAAAAAGUUAAUUAAAAUUCAAAACAUACAAAAACAUCCGGAGAAAAAAAAAUAAAACCAAAGACUUUGAACUGUAAUGAAGAAUUUUCUCCAGAGUUCUUCGAGAAUGACUCGUAAGAAAAAAAGUUGUAAAAACUGUAAACAUUUGCGAAAAGAAGAAGAAAUGCUGGUACGGAGCGAAAAACCUACAUACCUUAGUAAACGAUCUUUUAGGAAGGAAAGAGAAAUAAAGCAAAAAAAAAUACUAAAAAGAUAAAUGAAAUCGAGAA